CCCAGGCACCGGGGGGCCAGGCCGAGCCCAGCCGCGGGACGUGCCCGGCGAGGCGGAAGGGCUGCGGGGCUGCGCUCAGGCAGCCCGGGCCACCCAGCCCCCCCGCGGGCCAAGCCGCCUGCCCAGAGGUUGCUUUGCUCCGCUGGGGUGGGCUAAAAGCCGAAAGCGGCAGCGCGGCCAAAGUCUUUGUCUCCGGAUGAACAGCGAUGGGGGAAUGGACCAUCCUAGAGAGACUCCUGGAAGCUGCCGUGCAGCAGCACUCGACUAUGAUAGGGAGGAUCCUGCUGACCGUGGUGGUGAUCUUCAGGAUACUCAUUGUGGCCAUUGUAGGAGAAACGGUUUACGAUGAUGAACAAACUAUGUUUGUGUGCAACACGCUGCAGCCAGGCUGCAACCAGGCUUGUUACGACCAGGCAUUCCCUAUCUCUCAUAUCAGGUACUGGGUGUUCCAGAUCAUCAUGGUAUGCACCCCCAGCCUCUGCUUUAUAACGUACUCUGUUCACCAGUCUGCUAAGCAGAGGGAGAGGAGGUACUCCACCGUCUUCCUCGCCUUGGACAGAGAUCAGGACUCAAUGAAACGUGAGGACAGUAAGAAGAUCAAGAAUACCAUUGUCAAUGGAGUGCUGCAGAACACCGAGAACUCCACCAAGGAAGCAGAGCCAGACUGCUUGGAGGUGAAGGAAAUCCCCAACCCAGCCAUCAGAACUACAAAGUCGAAGAUGAGGCGGCAAGAAGGCAUCUCCCGAUUUUACAUCAUCCAGGUGGUUUUUCGAAAUGCCCUAGAGAUUGGGUUCUUAGUGGGACAAUAUUUCCUGUAUGGAUUUAAUGUCCCUUCCAUGUAUGAAUGUGAUAGAUACCCCUGCAUUAAGGAAGUGGAGUGCUAUGUGUCUAGACCCACUGAGAAGACUGUUUUCUUGGUAUUCAUGUUUGCAGUGAGUGGGAUUUGUGUGGUGCUCAAUUUGGCAGAACUGAACCACUUGGGCUGGAGAAAGAUUAAAAUGGCAGUGAGAGGAGUACAAGCAAAAAGGAAAUCCAUAUACGAAAUCAGAAACAAGGACCUGCCAAGAAUGAGCGUACCUAACUUUGGCAGGACUCAGUCAAGUGACUCAGCUUAUGUGUGAGGCUGUUACAGAACUGAAACACUGUGCCAGGUGGAACUGACCCAGACAACAUUAGGGAAAGGUACAUUGCUUAGGCAAGCAUUUUAUCAACCACCAAGAAAGCCACUAAGGUAUUGGAAUGGCACUUAUUGAACUAGAUACAAAAUGCAGUGCUAAGUAAAAGACUGAAGGAAAAGCUGUAAAACCAUGCUUGAUCUGGCCUUACAGUACAGUUACUGUUUUCUAAUUAUCCAAUAUUAUCUUUUGACUGGAGCAGCUUUUUGGUCAUUAUUAGGAUGAGAUUACAGGCGAGACUGUCUGACUAAUUGUUGUAAUUGCAUGUAGAAUGAUCAUAGCUAAAAAAUUGCCAGGAUGCUGUUUUCUGGGGUGUGUACAGGGGAAUUCUGUAAUAUACAACUGCAAGCACAUUUUAAAAGAAGGUUAAUUGCACUGUUAGGCACUUGACCAUAAGCUCAACCAGGAGGUCUGUGCACUUUCAUCAUCAAGGAUGUCUGAUUUUUUUUUGUCUAUUGGUGUCACAGAGCUUAUUGCUGGUGUAUAUUAUUAGCUAUUUUCUAACAUAGUUUUGUACAACAAUUACACAAAACAAUCAUGCUGAAUAUAAUUUUGCCAUUUUUGUUUGCCUGUCUGUUCACACCAGAGACCUUAAUCAUCUUAUGCUAGUUGGGAUCUACCAAAUUUGUCAGUAUGUUGUAAAAAAAAAUUACCUGGAUGUGCGUAAAUCAGAUGGAACUAAUUAAUGUUCAGCCAAGUUACCUAUGAUCAUCUGACAUAUAUACCAAAGGAACAGAGUUUGUUGCUUUUAACUGUGAAUAUGUCACCUUUUCUCUGCUCUUAUUCAUAUAAGUGCCAUACUUGAAACAUCUAACUCUGUACUUAGUCAAAGGGUUG